UCUUUGGUUGUGUUGUGUUUUGUUUACUGUUGUAAAAUAAAAUUUAUUAGCUGAAAUACAUAUCAAUUCUUUCCAUUAAAUGAUUAAUUAACGUUAUUACUUCUCGAAAUCUUAAAACUGCUUUUAUAUCUUAUUAGUUGAACUGAAAUUAAUAAGCAAAAAUGCCACGAACAAAGAAGCCUGUUCGAAAACAAGAAAAAUCGGUUGAAGACAAUGACACCUUGAAGAAAUUAAAUAAAAUAGUUGCUGAUCAAAAAAAUAAAAUUGAUUCAAGAGCUUGUAUGGAACUAAUGAAUAUUGAGUUAGCAUUUAAAAUAUUGCUGGGAUCUAUAAAUAGCAAUUAUCUUCAGAAGACUGUUGGUCAAUUGAAAACAGAGCUUCAUUUGAAGGAAGUCACCAGUGUGAGACAGACACGACAUUCCAGCCGUUCAGCAUCGCAUGAUGACGGCUACCUCACGGAGAACUCCUCACAAGGCUCCGGGGGCCGCAACAACAAGAAGUAUCUGGCUGUCCCGCCGGCAACAGGUCGGUCGACAAGUCGUCGGUCGCGGUCGGCGAACGCGUCGACGCGUAAACCACCACCCGCGGGGCGUACAGCCACCACGCAGCGCCGCCGCUCGCGCUCCGUUUACCGAACGCCCGCGUACAACAAGAACGGCGCCGUCAACUAUCCCGCCAUCACACCCAAAGUGACUCCGCAUACACCGCUUACAGUGCUGAGGCAGCCGCGUCAAGGAGAAAUGGUCGUAUCAAUGUCUGGAUCGCCCGUUAUGGUACCCACGUGCUACACAAUGCAACCAGAGGAAAAAGCCAACUGCAACAUCCUCCUUCAAGAUGGCACCAUGCUGUCUUUACAACCGAAGCAACUUCGAGAAUCUCAAGCGUACAUACCAUUCUCAUUGAUGGAUUCUAAUGUUCUACGUCAGCUGAAGACUUUAAAAGACAACCUGGACAAAGUGGUCACGUUGGGAGAGAGACAAAUGAAAUGAUUAUGAUGACAAGUUUCUUCAUAGAGAGAUUAUGAGACUUAUAAUUCAAUGUAUAAGGUUACGAAUUAAUUGUCUUGGAAUAUUGAUUUCUGCAGAUUGACAUAUUACAUGAGUGAUGACAGUACUCUCAAGUUUGAAUUGAGUGUGUUAUAGCAUAAAAGCCAAACAUUUGCUUUCCCUCAGGUAAAAAAAGACAGAAAAUGGCAGUGCCCUGUCAGAUUCUCGCUAUUUGGGCAGUUAACUUGUAAAUGGAAUAUAGAAACACGAUUAAAUGGUUUAUUUUUAGCUAUAUUUUAUAUUGGUUUAUUGUUUAUUUGGUUUAUUUUUAGCUAUGUGUCAGUUAGAAAGAUUCAAAUUGAUUGCCUAGACAUUGAUGGAAAAAGUGUGCAUUGACAACAAAAUUCAUUGGAAAGUAGCUCAACUGGUUAGGUCAGGGAAUCAUUAUUUGCGACACUCAACUAGAAAAUUACUAAAAGGCAGCAUCGACCUUCAAAUUAAUUUAGAAAAAAUGUGCACCAAUUUUAAGGUACCGUACUCAAAGGAUAAAAACAAGACACUAUUAUUAAGAAUGCGCUGUCUGUUUGACUGUCACGAAUUCGUAUCCCAUGAAACUUGAUAUAACGUGAAAACUAAAAAUAACGUGAUUUAUAACGUUUUUUAUAGAUAAUGCUAAAGAACUUCCUGCGCAGUUUAGAUUCUGCCGUGCGAUUCUGUAAAAAUCCAAACUCGAUUUCGAAUUCACUCAGGUGUCUGAAUACACAUCAAAAAGCGGAAUCCACUCAAUCUUGAAUUGGUGAUAACGUUUCGUGAAAUAAGUGAAGUGAGUUUCGAAAUGAUAUUGGAAUCGAAUAUCUGAGACACGUAUAUUCAAAAAAUUUUGUUUUGUAUUUUUAUACAAAAAAUGGAAUCAAUAGAAUUUCUACAUUAUUCAGUGUGGAUUCCGACACAUGAGUGAAUUCGAAUUCCGGUCUUGAUCUUUACAGAUUGCAGGGCUGCUGGUCACUUUUUUUUAUUAAGAGGGCCCGUUGUAAAAUUGUUUAAUUUCCUAGUGAUCCUAGUGAGAAAUGGUAGGAAAACUGCCGUCGCUCGAUUAGCGCAUUCGCCUGGAAUGCGAUGGGUUACUUUUCUUAAAGUAUAUUUCAAGAUGACUUACUUUAUCACCGUUUUGUUAUCACUCGAUUCAAACUGAGCAGAUGCUAUGUGUUGUUCAAAGUAAUCAUAUCACGUAAGCGUAUGUGUGAGUGUAUGUUUUAUAAUUACAAUUUUUGAUGUUAUGGCUGAUAUUAUGUAUAGUGAUGUGACUAUUAUGUUAUUACAAUUAAAUGGUUUUUGACUAC